UCUCAGAUGGGAUUAUUUAAUCAUGAGAAGUAUGAUUUAGGUAGUACUUGUCUUUAGCUCUGAAUAUAUCACAUAAAGCAAUGAUGUGACAGUGACUGACUGAAGAUAGAGCACCUGGAAGAAAGUUGCAUUCAUUAGUGGAGUCAGUAGCAAAUCAGAUUAAGAUCUACUAUCUACAUAACCACUAUAUAUGCUGGUCAUUUAGUUCAGAAAUCACACUGCAUAGCUCAGGUGUUAAAAAUAUUUUAAGCAGUACUUUACAACCUUUGUAGGUCUUUCCCUUAUUUCAUUCAAUGUUUUGAAUGCUACCAAUAUUACUGUUGCUUCCCUAGCAGUAAUGCUUUGUAGAGAACAGACUACUCUUGGUAUUUUCAGACAUGGCAGAGACUCCAUGUCACUGCUACUUGUCUCCUGUCCUGUUAUUUUGAAAGGGGAUAAUAGUUCAAAUUGAGUUAAUGAGUUAUGCGUAUCUUCAUUUCUGAGUGAAUGCCCUUUCCAGUUUCCUAACACACUGUAUAAAGUUCUCUUGCACUGUGAAAAGACAGUUUGUAUCUCUGCUUGAGAAAAGUUUCACGGGGUUGUAAGCAUGAGCAGAAAUAGGGAAAGAGUCAUUGAAAUUGUAGAAAAUUGUUUUGCAGAGAAUGAAAAGACUUCCCCAGAAGAUCUGCUGUUUUCCUACAAUGGUAUUCUGUAUCCUGCUGCACUUAGCAGUCCAGAAACUUUGGAAGCUCUGAAAUCCUUUGAAACCAGGAGCAGUGAUGUGAUUCUAGCAGGCUAUCCUAAAACAGGAACUAACUGGCUUGAACAAAUGGUGAGAGAGAUAGAAUCAGCAGAUGCUAAAUAUACUGAAGAAGAAAUGAAAGAGAGAAUAAAUGCCGAAAAGGAGCUACAGAUGUUUCCACGUCUGGAGUUUGGAGAUCCUGGAGUAUUUGAGAGGAUGAAGAAGCUGCCUUCCCGAAGAAUCAUACUAACCCAUCUGCCACCUCAUCACCUGCCCCCAUCUCUUCUCCAAGGGAAGGUUAAGAUCCUUCUGCUGGUUCGGAAUCCCAAAGACACGGCUGUCUCCUAUUACCACUUUUACAACAACAUGCCAGUGCUGCCCUCCUUUGCUACCUGGGAUGAGUACUUCGCAGCUUUCAUGAAUGGGAAAUUGGCCUGGGGGUCCUACUUUGACCACUUAAUGGAAUGGAACAGACACAUUGACCACGAGAGGAUGAUGAUGAUUAGCUAUGAGGAACUGAAAGAGAACCCGGUACUGGGAAUGAAGAAGAUUGCUGCUUUCUUUGGAUUCUCUCUGAGUGAGGAAGAGUUUUCCAGAAUUGCCAAGAAGACCAGUUUCCAAGCUAUGAAGGAGAAGUCCAAGGAAACCCAUGGUAAAUUUGGGGACAUCCUCUUCCGUAAGGGGGUUGUUGGAAGCUGGAGAGACCUCUUCUCUGAAGUUCAGAAUGAAGAAAUGGACCAAAAAUUUGAAGAAUGCAUAGGGGGAACAAUUCUGGCAACGAAGAUUAAAUAUGAUGUAUACUGCAGGACCUGAAAAUGAGCAGAGGAUCAGUAC